AUGGAUUUAGGCACAUUCCUGUCUCCGUCGCCGUCCCGGCAGAGGACGCCGACAGAGGUUUAUCUGCCCCACCGCAAAAUCCGCGCUCUUCGACUCGUCUACGUGGUAGCGAUUUGGUGUAUCGGAACCUCCGUAGAGAGCCGAAAUAGAGUACUCUGCGCUUUAUCGUCUGAGGCGCCUGAGGCCUCUUCGGCUUCCGCAGCAGACGCAUUAGUCCGCACCUCCUCACAGCCUCCUGCGACGCAACACGAGAAGGAAACUGAAGAGCGUUCACAAUCUGAGAAACACAGAGGCGAAGAAGACGCCAUUACGCUAGACGGCACACCGCUUCUCAGGUCUGAACAGUUUCCGCCUCGGCGGCGGUUACAGGACACACUUCGCGCGCAAGUAGAUGGCGAGAGUGGAGGCACGGAGGGGUUCGGAAGGGAAGGUGACGAUGCCUAUUUUACUAACGAGGAUGAUGGAGCUGACGACGCGGUAGACUACUACUCUGGUGACUAUGGAGAUGUAGAAGAGGAUCCGUUUUACCAGCAGGAUUGGGAUGAGGAUAGUGACGCAGCCGUAGCGAUGUCCGGUAUGCUGGAAGAGCUGGGGUCGACCGAAGGCGAGCCUUCGGAGUGGGAGAGCCCCUACGCCACUGACGCGCAGCAGGACAUGAAUCCUCACGCACACGGCGGCAUCCUUGCAGGUGCAAAGACCCAGGCUUCGAUUACAGCGCAGCGCCAUCCCUUUCGCCAUUACACGAUUCCAUCAGAGAAUUCGACCAUCACCAGCCUCCCGCGGCCACGCCCGCCAGCACAGGUGUGGGCGCCGAGCACCUUUACCCCCAGCAGCAUCGGCAUCAGCGCGGAAAACAGGCGCAUGUUGCCGCCGCUGCCGCGCCAUAGCCUUUCAGGCCUGCGUGAGAGUCAUUUUGACCCAGCUCUCCCGUCGGACCGUGCCUCGUCCAGUCCUCCGGCGGCACAAAGGCAGCAACAUCCCUCAGAGCCAUACUUCGACUAUGACAGGUCUUUCAGUCGAACUCACAUGGGCAUGCCGAAUGAGAUGCUCCAUAGCCACGGCUCUCCAGAAAUGGAACCAGGUCAGGGACUUCCUGCACAUAGUUCCAAGGUGCCUUCACUUGAAGAUGAUUGGGCAGAGACCAUUAGGCAUCAGCUUCCGGCAGAUGAGGGGAACUGGACCAAACGGGCGAAGCGAGCUGUCGAACUAUCAGCCAGUGGCUGCACAACUGAUUUGCAGGGAAUCGAAGAAUGCCCUCCGCCGCAGUUCGUUCCCCCGGGCGUGACACCCGCGGAUCUGAGAGAGCAGCUGCUGAUGAUUGACAGCUACCUAAACGAUCAGCACCAGUUGGAGAGUCCUGCCACGCCAACUACAAACGGGAGAGCCGGCGCACAGCGAGAGCAAGAGGAACAUGAUAUCGAAAGUGGUUUAAGUCAUUCAUCUUUUGUGCAUGCUCCUACGAUAUCAGCAAGGCGCAAGAGCGCCGUCCGGUCUUCUGACGUGGACACCUGCCUCCGGUGCCAAAAAGCAGUUGUCUGCUAUAUGCUUUAUCCCGGAAUUCACACUCUCCAGUCGUGCACCUUGCUUUUUUUCCCAAGUGCAAUAAACGAUCCCUAUUCAGUCUUUAACAACGCGUGCAACACAUGUCUCUUCUCUCAACCAAGAAACGCCCGCCGCAUGGUUACUGCGGCUGCGUCUGCGGCUGCCGAGUCCGGAGCCGCUGCAGCCGCCGGUGCUGCUCGACACGUCAUCGCCGCCGCGGCUACAGCUGCGGCGAACGCGGCUACAGCUGCGUUUUUAACGGCCGGUGGAGGAAAUGCCAAUGCCGUCGAGCCUCUGGGAGCAACAAAUCCAGAUGCAGGCGCAAACACCGAAGGGGCCCCGCGGAGGCGGCUCCUAGCUGCUGAACACGAUGGAGGACAAGAGAAUCCCAAACAGCAGGCUAAGCGCAAUUCGCUCCAACAGGAAAGCAAUACCAAAGCAUCUUCACAUGAGGCUAGAGAAGCGAUUCAAAAAGUAUCGAGCCUUCAAACGCCACUACUGAUGAAGCACGUACGCGAACAUCCAUGGAUGAUGCGCGCAAUCUUGGCCGCAGCUCUGUUCUCUGGAGUUUCCACAGAGCAGGUAUUUCACCUGGACAAACGAAGCAGAGAUCCAUUAGUGGGGGACAAUCAGCCUAUACUGGAGAAGUCAGAUGCAAACUAUAAGGCGCCUGCCUUCGCCAAAAGUGGUGGCAAAUCGACGAGCAGAGAACCGGUGACUGACGCUGAGACCAGCCAGAAAAGGGAACACCUCGAGCUAGUGGCGGCCAGACAACAUCCAGGGAUGGCUCGGUUUUGGGAGACCGCUGCAGGUCUGCUCGUGGGGGCCAGUGAGAAAGAUGUCUUGGCUCUUCGUAGGCGACGACAAUAUGAACUCAUUCAAACUGCUGGCCGCUCUUCUGUGAGCCGCCCAGCCUUCGCUUUGCAAACUGAGCCACAAAAUCGAAGUUCGGCUGUCCGGGUUGCGAGGAAUCAGACAGAACUGCAACACCCUCGGAUGACGGAAUUCUGGGAGGUUUUGGGCGCUGUGCUUACCGGAAAUAUAAACGCUGUGAAACAUCUGAGGAUGCAACGAAUGAAACGUGCAGUAUAG